AUGGCCAAGCGGGUGGCCGUGCUGCUGGCGGGCUGCGGCGUGUUCGACGGCAGCGAGAUCCACGAGGCGUCCGCGGUGCUGGUGCAUCUCAGCCGGGAGGGGGCUCAGGCUGAGGUUUAUGCUCCCAACAUCCCCCAGAUGCACGUGGUGGACCACGUGAAGGGGCAGCCCACGGCGGAGCAGCGCAAUGUCCUGGUGGAAAGUGCCAGGAUAGCCAGAGGCAACAUCAAGGACCUGGCCACGCUGGAUGUCAAGGGGCUGGACGCCCUCAUCAUCCCAGGUGGCUUUGGGGUGGCAAAAAACCUGAGCACUUGGGCCACGCAGGGCAAGAACUGCAGCGUCUCCAAAGAGGUGGAGGCUGUGCUGAGGGCGUUCCACGCUGCCCACAAACCCAUCGGGCUGUGCUGCAUCUCCCCCGUGCUGGCAGCCAAAAUCUUCCCGGGCUGUGAGGUCACCGUGGGCCACGACACCGAGUGUGAUGGGAGGUGGCCUUAUGCCAAGACUGCCGAGGCCAUGAAGGAGCUGGGCUGCAGACACGUCAACAGCCAGGUCACCGAGGCGCACGUGGACGCCAGGAACCGCCUGGUGAGCACCAGCGCCUUCAUGUGCAACGCCCCCAUCCACCAGGUGCACGACGGCAUCGGCAGCAUGGUCAGGGAGGUGCUGCGGCUGGCCUGAGCUCCCGCAGGCACCCAGCUCCUCCCCGUGGAGCCUGUCCCUCCCCUCACACAGCAACAGCUAAAGGGACACUCUGGCUCUGCCCCACAGCUCUGGUGGCUGCUGAGGAGGGACAGUCCUGGAGGUGGCGUGCUCUGCCAAGGACGCGUCACUCCCUGCCGGGAGCUGGGCUGGAGCUGCCGUGGGAUGGUGGGAUGGGAGGGACCUCAAAGCUCAUCUUGUGCCAGGCUCCUCCCAUGGGCAGGGCCCCCUUCCACUGGCCCAGGCUGCUCCAUCUGGACUUGGACACUUCCAGGGAUCCAGGGGCAGCCGCAGCUUUCUGGGCACCCUGUGCCAGGGCCUGCCCACCCUCACAGGGAGGAAUUCCAUCCCAAAAUCCCACCUAUCCCUGCCACAGGCUCCCCCAGGGUUCAGGGUCAGCUGCUCCCCAACCUCUCCUCAGGCAGUGAAUUGUGGCCAAAGGAAGGAACCCAGCUCUGCUACCAAAUAAAACCUGAUGCUUCUACUGAAUUCUGAACUCUGCUUCUGUGUCUGCCUCUCCCUCUGGGUCAGUUGGGGAAAUGAUACAGGAAGAAAUUUCCAGCACCAGCCCCCCUCCCUUGUUUUGCUGGGGUUUGUCAGAAGCCAGACUGGAGCAGGAAUGUGACACUGGUAAGAGCAGGACCAGCCCUGUGUCACCAGCCAGCUCUGGUGGGAAGAGGUGAAAUUCUUCUCCUGCAUAAACAGGAGCAGAGAAUUCCAGGUUGGAAGGGUCUCAAGGCUUACCUGGCCUAACCUUUCUUGAUAAAAAUGCUCUCUAGAGAAGAUGUCCAGCAGUCUGUCCUGAUGGAUCCCAGAGUGCCCAAACUCAGGGAAUUCACCACUUCCAACAGCUGAUUGCCUCAUGGUGAAAAAUUGUGCCAAGGUGCCCAUUCAGAAUCUCCCCAGGAGUGUCCUGUACAGAUUAUCCCUCGUCCUUUCCAUGAUUCCUCAGAAAAUGGGAGUUUCCUUCUCCUUUGUAGCCACCCUUCACAUACCAAACAUGGUGACAAGAUCUCCCCUAAACCCCAGUUUUUCCAAGGCUCAGCUCUCUCAGCCUGUCCUCACAUGGGAACUUCCCAGGCCUUGGAUCAUCUUUGUGGCCUCUGGAUCCUCUCCAGCCUGGCCAUGUCUUUUUUUUGGCAAAGUGGGGAUCAAAACUCUUUCCACAACUCUGAUGGCUUAAAAAUAAGAUUUUAUUUGAAAUCCAAUCCCAUCUGCAGCCUCUGAGCAUUCCUGCAAGCACAGAGUCCUCAGCAGCAGCACUGGGAAUUUCCUUCUGCAAAGAUUUCCUUAGCCAUGUGAACUGACCACAAGGUAAAUUGCAGCAGUUUAAUUUUAUUUUGAGUUUAAAGAAUGCCCUAGAAAAGGGGGGAAGGGAUAAUCCCAUAAAACAGGUUGUAAGAAGGUGGUUCCUGCAAAUAUGUCAUAAAAAGAGUUCACUGUAGGCCCAAACCAAGACAUAAACCCAAAGUAGAUUGACACUGAGCAAUAGAUUGACAUUGUCUGGUUCUGAGUCAUGUCUUUGCCAAAUUGAAUUGUUUGGACCCAUUUUUUUAGUCAGAAAAGGAUCUAAAUUUGGUCCCAAAAAUGUGAUUUGUGGAUUCAAAGCAGUGUAAACAUCAUAACCAGCAAUCACGUUGCUGCUUGUAAACAGAGUGGUGCAAACUGGUCCCAAACACCUUUACAAUUAAAAAAUUUUACACAAAAAACUUCUAACAGAACUGACCUGUAUUUUCUGCUGCCUCCAAAGAAAUCAAGACACCACAAAAUGAGGCUCCCAUUCCCUAAGGAAUGUACACAAA